GUCGUCUUUCUCCUGCGCCAGCACGAAUAGAGCUUUUGUGCGGCGGCGGCGGCGGCGUCUCUCUGAUUUGAACGCCGAACAGCGGUAGCUUCUCAUCUGUGGCCUGACCUCGAAGCCUAAGAACAGAGCGGCGAGAUGACGGACCGGUACACCAUCCACAGCCAGCUGGAGCAUCUGCAGUCCAAGUACAUCGGCACGGGCCACGCCGACACCACCAAGUGGGAAUGGCUUGUGAACCAGCAUCGGGAUUCCUACUGCUCCUACAUGGGUCACUUCGACCUCCUCAACUACUUCGCCAUUGCUGAGAAUGAGAGCAAAGCGCGCGUGCGUUUCAACCUGAUGGAGAAAAUGCUGCAGCCCAGCGGGCCGCCGGCGGACAAGCCGGAGGAGAACUGAGGCGAGCGCUUCCCAGCCUUCCCCAUCUGCCAUCUGUGGACCGAUCCUCCUGACUCUUGCUUCUCGACCAUUCUCCGUUGGGUGUCUCGCCUGACCUGCUUACCUGUGGACGGUUCCGAACAAGUCAUCGAGAGACUGUCGGGUCUCCUGGGAGCUGUGCGGAAGGAGUGAUCCCAGAAUCGGCAAGCGAGGGAGAAGACUGCCCGGGAGUGAUGACGCAUUCCGAGUCAGCUUUUCGAUAGUUGAUAUCGUUCUUGCCUUUUUUUUUUUUUAAAUAUAUAUACAUACAUAAAGUUAGGAUUUGUUAUA